GAUCCGAUAUUCCAGAAGGUGUAGAGCCCGAGCCUCAGAGGAAGCAGCAGCAUCCCCACAGGGCCGCACCACCACUCCAUUCCCCAGCCUCUUCGCUUCCCAUGGCGGCCAUGGCCGCCGCGGCCACUCUCAUGUCGGCCACGUCCUCCAUCCUCAGGCGCUCUGCCUUGCUGCGGCCGCACGGUCUCCAGGUCCCCCGCCGCUUCCCUCGCCAAAGAUUUGUGCGCCACAUUGCUUCAUCAACAAAUGAGGAAGCUGCUGCCAAAGCAGCCGCGGCCACUGCCGAUAUUGGAGGACCAACCAUUUUUGACAAGAUCAUUGCAAAGGAAAUUCCUUCAAGCGUUGUCUAUGAAGAUGAGAAAGUCUUGGCAUUUAGAGACAUUAAUCCACAAGCCCCUGUGCACGUUAUAGUCAUCCCAAAAGUGAGAGAUGGGCUAACUGGGCUCGACAAGGCUGAGCCAAGGCAUGCUGAAAUUCUGGGCCAGCUUCUUUACACGGUGAAAGUCGUGGCUGAGAAGGAAGGUGUAGCAGAUGGGUACCGUGUUGUCAUAAACAACGGAGCUGAAGGAUGCCAAUCUGUCUAUCAUUUGCACUUGCAUGUACUCGGUGGAAGGCAGAUGAAAUGGCCUCCUGGUUAAAUUACAGAGUGGGACAUGUUUUCUUGCUUUUGUAUGAUCAUAGCCUCUUUCUGAAUUUGCUAGUAGUCUGACCGUUGUUCCAAAAAGAGAGCGAGUAAUGUACUACUGUCUGCACCUGUGAUGCCCCUCUUUGAGCACUUAUCCCUUGUUUAUGUGAUUACUAAACUUUUGCAGCA